UUUUAUGGAUCCUCCAUGACCAAAACAAAAUUAAAAGUUUAAACUAAGCCAGUAAAAAUUGAUUAAGGAGAACAAUGAGCUCGCGUAGGAGCAGGAGCGGUCCCACCCUGAACUUCAAGGCGGUGCUGCUGGGCGAAGGCUGCGUGGGCAAGACGUCGCUGGUGCUGCGCUACAUGGAGGACAAGUUUAACCCGCAGCACCUGAGCACUCUGCAGGCAUCGUUCGUGACCAAGAAGGUGACGCUGCCCGAUGAGCGGCGGGCCCAGCUGAACAUUUGGGACACUGCUGGGCAGGAGCGCUUCCAUGCGCUGGGCCCGAUCUACUACCGUGGCUCGGACGGAGCGCUGCUGGUGUACGACAUCACCGACCAGGACUCCUUCCAGAAGGUCAAGUCGUGGGUGCGCGAGCUGAAACAGAUGCGCGGCACCGAGAUCUCCCUCAUCAUCGUGGGCAACAAGACUGAUCUGGAGGAGCAGCGGGCCAUCGGUUACGAAGACGCCCGCCAGUACGCCCAGACGGUGGGCGCCCAGUACCUGGAGGCGUCAGCCAAGGAAAACGAGGGCGUGGCCGAGAUCUUCGAGCUGCUCACCCAGCUGAUGUUGGAACGUCUAAGCCAGCGGGAGCGGGACGCUGAGCCCCCGAACCUUCUGCGGUUAGAUGCGAGCGACGCCGUGAGUGUGUCGGAAGGAGAGGAAGGGAACGGUGAAGACACUGGAACCGGCCAGCGUUCCUGCUGCGGCAUCUAGGAGCUGCGGGAGGCGGGGGUCCGCCCAUCGCCGUCCAUUGUGAUAAUAUGUAAUGUACCAGUAGAUCUGUAGCCGAUGUUUGUCUGUAUAUACUAUAUAGAUAUAUAUAUAUAAUUACUUAUAUAUGUAUGAUUAUGUUACCAAAUUAUCGUUUGUUUAAGUGGUCCCCGAUGAUCUUUAUUUGUUGUAAUCCCCCUAUUAACCCCAAUACCUGGAUUAACCAUUAAAAAUUGUUCUGAUAUGAUUCCACGAUUCCCUAUUUAGGACUUUUAAUA